CUAACCUGGGAAACCAUAAACAGGAACAUCGCGGCGGGAGACAUGGACCAAGUAUUCCAUCACCAAAUCAAGGUCGAACGAAAGAAAAGAAAGGCAGUUAGGACGAUCCAAGGAACGGAUAGUGUACUUGGAGGAGUGCUAAGCGAUAUGGCAAACGAGAUAAAAGAACUUAGGGAAAGAGUGACACCUGCAAAGGCACUAACAGUGACACAGCCGUCAGGAAAGAGAACGAAGGAAGAAGAAGAUGGAGAAGAGGAGGGCGAAGAAGGAGAACCAGAAGGAACGGUCAAACUGACUAAGUGUCAGAGAAAGGCUAAAAAUAUUGCUAUCGGAGGACAAGGCUCGGGAAAAGGACAGGGGUAUGAUCGUGGUUACGACCAAGGCUAUGGAAGGGGGUUUGGUAGAGAAAAUGGGCAUUGGAACGGACAAGGUUAUGGCAGAGGAUGGAUAGAUUACAGCGAAUGCACUUGUACCCACUGUAGGAUCAAAGGACACACGGUAAAACGAUGUCACGUCAGGAAGCUUGACGAACGCGAUGGACUCAUAACAUCAAACAUAGAUGACGAGGUAUUUGACAGAACAGGAAGGGCGAUCGAUCCUGAGAUUCCAGGAGGCACUAGAGAAGAGGCCCUUCGCGUAGCCGCGCUAGGUCCCAACGCCCCGGGAAUGUUCAGAAUGUGGCAAGAAAAGGAAGGACCAGUCGUACGAGUGGAAGAUGUAACUGAAUCAGAAGAAAAACUGAGCAGAAUGGGGAUCGAAGGAAGCAAGGAAGACGUACCCCUUGUGGAAGAAGAAGCAGAAAAGGAUGACGUUAGGAUUAACAUCAGGGAUACAUUUGAUAGGAUGAAGGAUCUAGUGGAUAAAAUACAAAGACUACAUUUGAGGCUUCAAGGGAUAUGUGAAGAAGCGGGGAAAGAAGGGGUUGGAUGCCCGAAAGUGCUUACCAUGGGAUGUGGAGAAUCGGGAGAUGGGCCGAAUGAGCCCAACCCAAUAAUGUUGAGGGCCAAUAUGGCCGCAAGGAACAGCGGGGGUCAAAGAAGCGUAAGAGGAACGAUUCCAUUCGCUACAAGGAGACCCGCGAGAGGGAAUCCUCCAAAGGAGCAAGCUCAGACUUCCCAGCCAGCAGAGGAAGAACCUACUAUCAUGGUAGAGGGUGACGAAGACGAGGAUGAGAAAAAUAGGGAGGAAGAAGAAAGGCAGGCGGAAAUCAUGGCUAAGAGAAGGAAAGGUGAAGUUAAGGAAGGAAGGUCCAAAAAGGAUCAAGCGCCAAGCAAGAAGAGGAAAUACCAAACUUCGAUCGAAGAAGGAGUGAACCUGGAAAGUCUGAUCAGCGCCACUGAAGAAAGGGUGCAGGAAGCGGCCAUGAACGUUGCAGACAGCAGGGGAAAGGAUAAGGAAAGGAGAGAAUGUGGCGACAAGGAGAAACUCGCGAAUGUGACUGGAGCGGGAAUGUACAAGAAAAGGAUUGAAGGAGUGGUGGCAGGAUGCACGAGAUGGAGAGCGUGCAAGGUGAGAUUGUGGAAGGACAUGGGGGUCUUUCCAAGGGACGAUGUUGAGAAUGACCUAAGAUUUGAUGGGACCAAUCUGGAAGAUUUUAUCGACAGUUUGCAGCUGGCAACUGAGAGAGGGGAAUGGAGUGAAGAAGAGAAGAAGCAACAAUUGAUUGCGAGAACAGAAAAGAGUGAGAAGGAGGAAGUAAAGGGGAUAGUGGAAGGGAGUCGAACCAGGCAUAUAAUAACUGCAGAAUUGGGGAUAGCGUACACCCAGGCAAGACAGGAUCAGACAAGGAAGGAAAGAUUGCAGGAAAGGGGGUUGCGGAUUGGAAGAGAGAUGGGUGAGCUGCAUGGGAAGGAGGCAGAGGAUGAAGAGGAAGAUGAUGUGCCUCUGAAAAGAUUGAAGAACAAGGCGAGGGUCGUCCCCAAGAGCAGCAACAAGGGAUCUGGUCAGGCAAAAGGGAAUGAACAAGAAGAGGAGGAGGAAGCAGAAAGAAGGAAAAUAAGCAUGGGGGCAAGUGCGGUGCCAAGGGAGAGAAGGACUGGAGAGAAAAAACCAGUUGAGAUUGGAAGGAAAGAGGUACAGGAGAAGGGGAGUGAGAAGGAAGGAGGAGCAAAGGAGACAGGAGAAGGGAAAAAGAUCCAGGAAGGAGGUCGGGUUCCAAGAGUUGAGAGGACUAAUGGAAAGGGGCCGAUUGGAGACAAAGAGGGGAAGGAAGGAGAGAAGGGUGAGAAGGAAGGGAAGUUAAGAAGGGCCAAGGAAGUGAAAGCUGAAAUAGGAAAGAGAAGAUCAGAGGGUGGAGAGUUAUCCCAGUUGAGAAAAGAGGUGGAGGAAGGGCAGGUAAGUAAGGAGGAAAAGGCUCAAAAGGACAGGAAGAAGAAAGGAUGGAGGGAUUAUAUGAUCAGGAUGCCGCAGUAUGACGACCUACCUGUGAACUCCACAUGGGAUGUCAGAUUUGAGAGGAUGCUCCUCUCAGAGCUGGUGCGAUGCUAAUAUUUUUUACCGUCAAGAUCUGGAUCUUGACGGUGCACCUUGU